AUCUCGCUGCUACAAGACUGACAGGAAUGGAAGUAGCACUGAAGGCCGUAUGUCGCGACGUGUGCAGGAGGAGGGACGUGCAGCGCGAGUACCACUACGCUUCACACCUUGAUCACCCAAAUCUAGCAUCUGCCACUUCCAGACUUUUCCAGACUGAUCUCUACAUUGUGUAUCCCAUGGAGUAUGCACCUUAUGGGGACCUGGCUUCUCACCUCACCUCCAGGACCAUUGAUGAGGUACAAACCCGGUGGGUGGCUGAGCAGGUAGCCAGUGCACUAACUUACCUGCAUGGAUUCCAGUUAGUACAUGGUAGUAUCACCCCUGAUAACAUACUCAUCUUCAGACCUAAUCUUUCACUCGUCAAGAUCACCGACUUUGGCUCAACGUGUCGAGGCGGAACGUUCGUGCGUCGUCGCCUCUUUGUCGGACCGUAUAGUCCACCUGAGCUGAGUCGCAGUGAGGGAGCUGAAGGAUAUUACACUGGCACUUCUUUAGACUCCUGGGCCUUAGGUAUUCUCAUCAUUCACUGUCUCACAGGAAACAAACCUUGGGCCACCACUGAUGUCACCGACCCCGAGUAUGCCGCCUUUCGAAACUGGCAGCAGGUCAAGUCCAUACGGGUGCCAAGAUCCUUCAAGAGGUUCACGGUUCGUCUUCUGCGACUCUUACGUCGUCUCCUAGAGCCACGUGGAUGGUCGCGUUAUCCUGCUAAGGAAGUGUUCAAGUACCUCGAGGAUGAUUGGCUGAUAAAAUCUCGAGACAGAAGUGACAUUCAUGAAUUUAGUUCAUCUCUGGUGUCAAUCCAACAUUUUCGGCCGUACUCCUCACUUACCGAAGAUCUAAAAGAGCCACUACGCCCACAAGAACACGAGGCCCCGGAGCAGCCACCACAGGGGAGGGUGUCAAGUCGAAGACGUUUUCUGGCAGAACUGUUGCGGUUCACAUCACCGAACCUAUCUGUCAAGCACCGCCGUAAAAACCAUGCAUGGCACAAGUCUUCAUCCUCCUCAUCUUCUUCCUCAUCUUUCUCAUGGCUCAACUCAUCUUCCUCAACUUCCUCAUUUAGCACCUCUACUAAUUACUCUUCAGUGUAAUCUGUCAUCAUUAAACAAAACCAAAAUAAACUUAUGUACAAGUCUAUGUUAAUCUGUAAGUGGAAAAAGCUUAUAAUGUUCUGCAGACAAAUGUAAGUUUCUUUACCUAAGAUCAUAAGAACGGAACAUUUUGGUGUUCAUCCAUAGAUAACUGCCUUCUGAAUUAUAGUGAAGAUGCUGUUCUUGAGUGAUUUUGACUCAGUAUGCCCUGAUUUACACUUCCACCUCCUCUAACUUGACACUUAUGUAUGUGUAUGUAUAUUAAUGCAAAGUAGCCACUAGGAACCAGAUGGAGUAAAAACUAAAUGUGAUUUUGUGAUCAGUAGGUGUCAGUUCAUGCCUACAGCCUGCCUCACUAAAGGUCACAGCCUCAGGUUAAUGAAACCACAAGCUCAUAAAAUUAUCAGGGCAAACAUUCUUGGAGUGAAAGUUAUGAACUCUUGGAAUAACCUGCCAGAGAGUGUUGUGAUGGCACCGAGUGUGAACACAUUCAAGACCAGAUUUAACCAACACUAAUGCAGGUUCAGGUGCAAUCUGGAGCCAGUACUUGCCAACAGUGAGUAACAGAGACACGACUGACUGCCCAAGUGGCUAACAAACUGACCACUGGUGAAGAGGAUAAAUUAAAGUACAGUACAGUACUCCCUCAAGGAAUGGCUGUUAAGAUUCAACAUCACAAAAUGCAAAAGG